AUGGUCGUAAAAGUUAACAUAAAAGGAACGAAUAAAUCUCAAGAUGGUUAUCAUCAUCAGCAUGAACGUCUGAUUCCGUUAUCCAAACCGCAACAAUCUUUACCGCCAACGUCAAAUAAUCUGCAUUUAGCCAGCAGUAUGGCACCAAAACCGUAUGAUGAAGAAUUGAUCAUUGAACCACCAGGUGACGAUGGAGUUGUCUAUGGCAAUUCGAAUUCAACGUAA